UCCAGCGUCUCCGCGCUGACGUUUAACCGGUGACGUGGAUUUUCAUUGAGGCAGUCGAUGCUGCCCCCUCACCCCAAAAUUACACUCAUAUCGCGGAGGUUUGCACGUAACUUUCUCCCCACGUCGCGAAGUUGGGACCGCUAGUUUGUCGCACCCCGGACGCCGUUUUGUCCCCGCUGUAAUACCAGACCCCAGGAUGAGUAAAAACAGCAAAGUGUUGAACCUGAAGGAUAAAAUCUGCGGGAAUGAGGUGGACCUGAGUCUGUGUGACGUCACCGAGGUGCCCGUCAGAGAGCUGGCUCUUUUCACUAAAGCAACUGUUGUGGACUUGUCUUGCAACAACAUCACCUCCCUUCCUCCAGAGUUCUGCAACCUGACCCACCUGGUGAAGGUGGAUCUGAGUAAAAACCAGUUGACCUGUCUGCCAGAUGACCUGGGGAACCUGACCAGCCUUCAACACCUGGACCUGUACAACAACAAGCUGACUGUCCUGCCUGUCAGCUUCUCUCAGCUCAGGAGUCUGAAGUGGUUGGAUCUGAAGGACAACCCGCUGGAGGCAGACCUGGCCAAGGCAGCAGGAGACUGUCUGGAUGAGAAGCAGUGCAAACAGUGUGCCGCCCAGGUUCUGCAGCACAUGAGAGGUCUUCACGAAGAGGUUGAUCGCGCCCGAGUGAAACGCCUUUUAAGGGAAAAAGAGCUGGAGAGGAAGAGGGAGGUGAAGCAGAGGGAGCGGGAGGCCAGAGAGAAGGAGGCUCGUAAACGGGAGAAGACGGCGGAGAAGGAGAAGAGGAGGAAGGAGUACAACGCCCAGAUGGCUGCCGCUGCCGCGAGAGAACAGCAGAAGAAGAAGAGCGAGGAGAUGAAGAAAAAGAACGGACAGGCAGCAGCAGAUAAGAAGGCCGCCGCGGCGACGAGGCCCAAGCCUCAACGCUCGCUCCUCGGCCUGAUGUUCAAGCUGCUCCUCCUGCUGCUACUGGGACUGGCAGGAGUGGCCGCCGCCUGCAAGCUGACCGACCUGCAGAAGGAGGCCGUGUGCGUGCCCGUCAACGUCGCCGUGGACGACGGCUUUUCCUGGGCCAAACGGCAGGAGGCCGUGGUCAGACAGCUGUUGCGAAAUCUGUCGUCUGCGGCGAAGGAGUUUAUCGAAUCCACACAAGCGUCCAAGAACUAAACGACCAUCUGCCGCCGUCAACUUCCAGAGCUGCAGGUUUUUUCACUCCCACCUGGGAUUUCUUUUUUUUUUCCUUUCUUUUUUUAAAGCUGAUGUCAUGAAUAUCAUUAAGAUGGACACCCUGCAUCGCCUGGCGCCGUUUCCGGUGGCGGGAGGUGGAACGUCCGUACGGAUAGACAGAGGUGGAAAGACCUUCUUAAAUUCCUAUGGAAUUGUUUGUCUGUUUAAAUGAAAAAGAACGAGUAAUCUUCUUGGAUGUCUCCCCCUCAGACAUGGUUUGUUCAGGUGCGUUGCAUCCAGCGUGGGUCGUGUUUGAGAGAUGCAUCCGGCGGCCCUUUCUGUGCUGCACUGCAGUGUCGAGUCACGUGUGAGCUGGCGGUCGGAGUUGUGCAUAAGCCGGCGUGUCGGCUGUGGCAGUCUGAGCAUGUGGGGACGUGGAGGCCGGCCGUCUGUGGCCUCCUGUCUUUAUAGUCUUAAAUCAAUCAAACCAGCUUGAUCUCACAGCUUAGAUCUGUAACGUUUAACAGUAACAUUUCAUUCAAUAUCAGCUAACUUCCAGCAGUCCCGAAAUGCCAAAGAUGUGAUUGAGGUGAUUUAGAAAAAGUGAAAAUGUCCAGCUGACUGAAAUAAUAAUUUAGUCUGUUUAUCAGACGAUCGAUUAAUCAACUUAUUGUUUUUUAAAUUGUAUGUAACGUACACCCUGCUGAGAUACUGUAUAGAUUGGAUAUGCAUUGAGAAAAAUCUGUGUCAUGUGUUGACUGUAACAAUGAUAUUUAAACCCAAAUGUGCCAUUAAGCAACUUUACCACAACAAUAUUUCCUAAUUCUCGUUCGUCUUCGUUGAUCUCAAACAUUGCGUUAAUAAAUGGCUACGCACUGCGAGGAACGCUUGAA